AUGCCUGGCAAGUGUGACGCGUUGAGGCAAGAUGAGCUGCGUAAAAAGCUAUACCAGACCUUCAAGCAUCGGGGCAUACUGGAUACGCUUAAGACCCAGCUCCGGAAGCAGCUGAUUCGUGAGUUGAUGCACCCGGUGCUGAGUGGAGAGGUGACACCGAGGCCCAUCUCGGUGGAAGGGAGUGCUCUCCUCGUAGGUGCUUCUAACUCUUUAGUGGCAGAUCACUUGCAGAGAUGUGGCUAUGAAUAUUCGCUUUCAGUUUUCUUUCCGGAAAGCGGUUUGGCAAGAGACAAGGUAUUUACUAUGCAGGAUCUAUUACAACUCAUUAGAAUCAGCCCUUCAUCUGGUCUCUACAAAUCACUGAUUUCAGGAUUUAAUGAAGAAAACCAAAAAGGGUUUCUUAUGUGUUUCUUAAAAGCACUGGCAGAAUAUCAAGACAGAGGGAGUUGUGAUAUGGAAACGCAGACGAGCCCGACAUUUCCAGGCACAGCCUCUCUUGCUGAGAAGUUUCAGCUUAUUGAUGAUGAAUUUGCAGAUGCCCGUCUUCAGCGUCCUAAGCUAGAAUCAUUCGAAGCAAAGUUAAUUGAUUAUAAGAGAGAAAUACAAGAGCAACUGCAGGUAGAAAUGAAUCAAAAAUUGCAGUAUUUUAGGGAAGUGGAAAUAUCAAAGGUGAAGAAGGAGGAGAAAAAGAAGUAUGAAAAAGAAUUAGCUGAGUUCCGGAAUGAAUUUGAGAGAACUUACCAAGCAAAAAUGGAAGCUCUCCUUUCUCAGGAAAAGAGUGCCCUGGAAAGCAUUAAAAAGCAGCAAGAGAGUGGAUCAAAAGAAACUUAUGCUCAAAGACAGAUUCUGCUGAAAGAUAUAGAUUUGCUUAGAGGUAGAGAAGCAGAGCUGAAGGAAAGAAUUGAAGCAUUCGAACUGACCAAGAAGCUGCAAGAAGAAAAAAUAAAAAGCAUGACGGAGGAGCUCAGGAGACGGGAGCAGAGUCUCCACAGCACUGAAGAGAACUAUGAUCAGAAGCUCAAAAAUGAACUUCUGAAGUAUAAACUUGAACUAAAGGAUGACUAUGUGGCUAGAACUAAUAGGCUGCUGGAGGAUGAAAGGAAGCAUAAAGAAAAAACUAUUCAUUUGCAAGAGGAGCUCAUAGUUCUUAAUUCAAAAAAGGAAGAAAUCAGUAAAUCUGUAAAUCAUAUCAAAGAAGCCGAGUUGGAGCUAGAGACAGUCAAAGCCCAGUUUUUGACAAUGACAAAGCAAAAUCACUUCCUGAAUGAAAAGAUGAAAGAAAUGAGUGAUUACUCACUGCUGAAGGAAAAGAAUGUGGAGCUUCAGGCCCAAAAUAAGUUACUUAAGCAGCAAUUAGAAGAGAGUAGGGAUGAAAACUUGCGCCUCCUAGAACGUCUGGCUCGACCCCCUCCUGAGCUUUUGGUUUUGCAGAAAAAGUUACAGCAAGCAGAAAGUGCUAUUGCGCUUGAGCGUGAGCAGUUUGAAGCUCUGCAAAAGCAGCUGCACAGCGAAAUCGAACAUUCCACACAGCUCAAGGCCCAGGUAGUAGAGUAUGAUGCUUCUGUAAAGAGUUUAACUCUCCAAAUCGCUGACUUAAAAUUACAAUUGAAACAAACUCAGACAGCCCUAGAGAAUGAAGUGUUCUACAAUCGAAGCGGCAAGAUGGUGCCUCACAGUGAUGAUACCAGCAGAAAUGUCUUGACUAGUCCCCCUGAACAGAACAAGGUUAUGGCUUGUGCAGUUACAUCAGGGAUCACAGGUUAUGACAACGUAGGCAUAGAGGGCAGUUCCCCAGACUCUAACCUUGAGUUUAUAGCCUAUACUAAGGCCAAAGUAAAAGAGCUAGAGCAAGAGGCUGAACGCUUAGAAAAGGCUUUCAUAAAUUGCCAUCAAAGAGUUACACAGAACCCCAGUGUGAGCCUACUACCAAUGAAGAGUCAACCACUAGGAGCUCUCCAAAAUAUCACAUCCAGUUCUAUGGAUAGACAUAUUUUUGUGGAGGGCACAGUGGUCUCUGAGAAGACACUUGUGGGCAUGUUUAAGGAGGAAAACAGUGACAUGUCCAAAGCACUGACGGGUGGCAUGGCUUGGCGACCAUGCUGGAGCUCUUCCUCUGCUCACCUCUUCUCCACUCACCUUUCAAAAUCGAGAAGAAGCCUUGAUAAUGAAAUGCAUCUAGAAGGUCUGGGUAGGUCGCAUGCUUUUGCUCCCUCCAGUGUUUGUCCUGACACAAAAACAGCCCACCUGUCAUCUGCUGUGACUAGGCACAGCUUCUCUGGCUCUUCCCUCCCCAGCCGUCUGGAGCAAAAUGCCAGUCUUUAUCACAGACAAACUGAAACUAAAGACAGAAGUAAAUUUUUGAAUGUGGAAAAGCAAACUUUUAAGGACAAAGACGCUGACCCAUCUUUUGAAUGGAACAGGCCAAAGCAGUUUGAAGCAGAAGGGCUCCACCCUGCUGGUGACAUGCCUGUCAUGGAUGCUGUCACAGCUGCUGUGCCCACCAGACCUAUCCCGUGUGAAUACCCACGUUAUGUUCAGAACCAAACUGGGGAACACAAGGAAGAGCAACUGUGGGCACCCCAUGUGAAAGAUCAAAGGCAGAGCGAAGAGCAAAGGCAGAGUGACCAGCAGGAAGCUCUAGAGAGGGAAAGAAGGGAGCUGCAAAGACUGGGUCAGGAAAGGAGAGUGAUCGAAGAAUCACUGGAGAUUGAAAUGAAAGAAGAAAUAGAAAAGGGUGCUCAAGAAAAGAAAGACACAUCUGCCCACGACGAAAGUGCUUUAGAGAAAUACAUGAAGCUCAUUGAGCAGAGAAAAGGCCGAAGUUCACAAAAGACAGACCAAGAAUGCUCUGUGGUGGACACACCGACACUGAGUGACAAGCAUGAAAGUUCUCCAGGUUUUUCUCAUGAAGAACCAGAUGACAUUUGGUAA